AUGACUAUAGCUUAUAAUAAUGAACAGGGAGAACGUUGUCGCUGGUGGGAAGUUACGCAACAGUUAGAAAGGGAAAUGCAAAAAUGUAUAAACACUUUAUUACUUGAAAAACUUGCGUUUAAUUUUAAAUUUUGGAG